UCCACUCGCGAGAGAGAGACACAAUUGCACACUGCGACUUAACGAAAGAUCCGAGCAGCGAACGAGAGGCACCGGGCCAUGGAUGCGCUCUGACUCGGUACUGGAUUAGAGUCGAGUGUGACGAGGACCGCGCUGUGAGGAGACUGUUACCAAAGAGCCGGAACUUUAAACCCGCGAUUCGGACACAGGCCUUGGGGAUGUUGAGCUCCGUGAAGAUGGAGACCCACGAUCUGCCAGAGUGGAAUACUUUCUACAGCGAAUCCAGCGAGAUGUACCCGUCCCCCUCCUCCAUGACAUCUCUUGGCUCCAUGGGCUCCAUGGGCCCUAUCAACAGCUACAUCAACCUGAACACAGCCCCCAGCCUCAACAUGGCGUACUCCAGCCCAGCCCUGAGCAGCUCCCCUCUGGGCUCCAUGAGCCAGGGGCCUGCACACAUGUCCCUGUCUCCAGUUAGCUCAACCCCUCUCACUCAGCUAGGCUCCACGGCCCCCUCUUUGGGAUCCAUGUCACACUACCAGAACGUGGGCCAGUCCAUGAGCCAGCUGGGCUACCCCUCCAAUCCCACCAUGAGCCGCAGCCCCAAAGAAGCCCCGCCCAAACCCUACCGGCGCUCCCUGACUCACGCCAAGCCGCCCUACUCCUACAUCUCCCUUAUCACUAUGGCCAUCCAACAGAGCAACAGCAAAAUGCUCACGCUCAAUGAGAUCUACCAGUGGAUCAUGGACCUGUUCCCCUAUUACCGCGAUAACCAGCAGCGCUGGCAGAACUCCAUCCGCCACUCGCUCUCCUUUAACGACUGCUUUGUCAAAGUGGCCCGCUCACCCGAUAAGCCCGGCAAGGGCUCCUACUGGACCCUGCACCCCCAGUCCGGGAACAUGUUUGAGAACGGCUGUUACCUGCGGCGCCAGAAGCGUUUUAAGAUCGAGGAGAAGGCCGCUAAGAAGGCCUCCAAGAACCAGGAGGGCUCCUCCAAAGGCCCCCGAGCCGAGCCCGAGGAGCACAGCCCCACGGGGGCCUCAGAUGAGCCCGACUCAGCCCACUCAGACAGCUCUCACCCAGGCUCUGCGUCUGAGGAGCCGGCUUUGCACCGCAGCUCUCUAGGAUCUAUGGACUGUCCCCCUAUGCCCGGCUCACACCUGCACCCUCCCAGUUCGGCGUCACCCCCUAUGGGUCUGUCCUCCUCUCUGCUGCACCAGGGGGCCCUGCUGCCGGGGGCCAUGCAGCAGCACUUGGAUCUGCACAGCGACCUGAAGUCUCUGGACCCUCACUACAACUUCAACCACCCCUUCUCUAUCACUAACCUCAUGUCCAGUGAGCAGAAGAUGGAGCUCAAAAGCUACCAGGAGCAGGUUAUGGGGUACAGCUACGGAGGGGCCUCUCCGGUGGGGGCUAAACCAGUGUACGACAGCCCUGGAGCCACAGCCAUGGACUCAGGGGCCUACUACCAGACGCUGUACAGCCGCUCAGUGCUGAACGCCUCCUAAUGGCCUGUGUGUGGACAGUGGUGUGUAUACAUGUACAUAUGAGGGGAGAGGAUGUGUUAUUUAUAAGGGAGAGAUAAUAUAUGUGUAGCCUGCUGGGCUGUGGAGCCUGGUUACUGUGGUGUUACUGCUGUUGUUACUUCUGUAGCCUGCUCACACAGGCCUCGUGUUACUCGUCAAAGUGCCUUCCACAUUUCAACUCGGUCACUUUUGUAUUCUUUAGACUUUUUUAUGUAUUUAUAUCUGCCAGACGUCUGAAUUUGGACUAAAGCCCUUUGUCCUGUUCAUCUUUGAAUGCUUAACCACUUCUGUCAUUUUAUACAUUUCAUGUGAAAAUGUUUAUUUUCUGAAUACAUGAAGAAUAAACUUAUUUAAUUGUC